AUGGAAUCGAAAAAAUUGGCUGCUUUGCUUUCUUCUCUUGUCUCUGAACUCCUCGUCCUUGUCCUCCUCCUUUUCCCUUCCGAUUCCUACAAUUCCAAUUCCCAUGGAAUCCUUUUCCGUAUCAUUCGCCAUUAUCUUUCCUGCCAAGAACUCGCCACUUCACUCUCCCUCUUCCCGAUCUCCAAGAAACGGAAGAGAACCCAAUUACGAGAAGCGGGUUCUGAGCCGACCCAUGAAGACAGAGACCUCGAACGCGGAUCUCGACUCGGUGAGUUGAGCCGAGUUGCUCCUAAUCCUGACUCUUUCAAAACCACCUUCAGGAUGAGAUCUUCAACGUUUGAAUGGUUGUCUGGCUUGCUUGAACCGUUACUAGAGUGUCGUGACCCUAUUGGAACACCAAUAAAUCUCUCAUCCGAGCUCAGGCUUGGCAUCGGUUUGUUUAGAUUGGCUACUGGGUCAAGUUACAUUGAAAUCGCUGGGAGAUUUGGGGUUACUGAGUCAGUGACUCGGUUCUGUGCAAAGCAAUUGUGUCGUGUUUUAUGCACCAAUUUUCGCUUUUGGAUCGCAUUCCCGACUUCUACCGAGCUUGAAUUGGUGUCAAAAGAUAUCGAGGGUCUUACCGGAUUGCCAAAUUGUUGUGGUGUGAUAGACUGUACAAGAUUCAAUGUUGUUAAAAGAAAUGAUUGCAAAUUAGCAUCAGACGACGAGGUUCAAGAUGACAGCAUUGCUGUUCAAAUUGUUGUUGAUUCAUCUUCAAGAAUUUUGAGUAUUAUUGCAGGUUUUCGUGGCGACAAGAAUGACUCCAGGAUACUAAAGUCGACGACUUUAUCUCAUGAUAUUGAAGGACGGAGGCUAUUGAAUGCGACUCCGGUUAUUGUCAAUGGGGUGGCUAUUGAUCAGUACCUAAUUGGAGAUGGAGGAUAUCCUCUGCUUCCAUGGUUAAUGGUUCCAUUUGUUGAUGUUGUGCCAGGAUCAUCCGAAGAAAAAUUCAAUGCUGCAAAUAAUUUAAUGCAUGUUUUUGCACUUAGAACCAUAGCUAGUUUGAAGAAUUGGGGUGUUUUGAAUAAACCAGUUGAAGAGGAGUUUAAGACAGCUGUUGCUUUUAUCGGGGCAUGUUCUAUUCUUCAUAAUGUUUUGCUAAUGAGGGAGGAUGAUUCUGCAUUGAUUGAUGUAGAAGAUUAUUCUUUAUAUGAUCAAGAUUCUCAGUUUUAUAAGGAUGCAAUGACGGAAGAGAAUUUGACCGAAAAGAAGGCUUCUGAUACGAGAAGAGCAUUGGCUACAAGAGUUACAGAAUUUUCAUAA